UUUUUCUUGUGGCACACAGGUCUAGCUUUUGGAUUCUUCCAACAUGUCGAGCUCGUACCGAAGCAGGAUCCAGGAAUUCAAGGUGGCCUUGAGUGAAGAGAAGCUAGACUUGAAUGCACUCCGGGAACUUUGCUUCAGCGGUAUCCCAUUUGAAGGAGGCAUCCGUGCACUUUGCUGGAAAGUCCUUCUUAACUACCUGCCUCUGGACCAGACGAUGUGGGACUCCUUUCUCAAAAAGCAGAGGGAGGGUUAUUCCCAGUUCCUGAAGGAGAUGAUUAUCCAGCCCGGCAUCGCUAAGGCCAACCUGGGCCUCUCCAGAGAGGACGUGACCAUGGAGGACCACCCUCUCAACCCCAGCCCAGAGAGCAAGUGGAACAACUACUUCAGAGACAACGAGGUGCUGCUGCAGAUUGAUAAAGAUGUCAGGCGUCUGUACCCAGACAUGGCCUUCUUCCAGUGGCCCACAGACUACCCCUGCCAGCUGAUCCUGGACCCCCAGAAUGACUAUGAGACCCUCAGGUGCCGUGUGGAACAGACCACCCUCAAGGCCCAGACCGUGGACCGCAACCGCAGCGGGGUCACCAACGUGAGCUCCCCGGGCAAGGCCCUCAACCUGUACCCUUCCAACGAGUACGAGGUGCUGCCCAAUGGCUGCGAGGCCCACUGGGAGGUGGUGGAGCGCAUCCUGUUCAUCUACGCUAAGCUCAAUCCGGGCAUCGCCUACGUGCAGGGCAUGAACGAGGUGGUGGGACCCCUCUACUAUACCUUCGCUACUGACCCCAACGACAAGUGGAGAGAGCACGCUGAGGCAGACACCUUCUUUUGUUUCACCAACCUGAUGUCGGAGAACCGGGACAUGUUCAUCAAGAGUCUGGACGACUCACAGUGCGGCAUCACCUACAAGAUGGAGAGCGUCUACUCCAUGCUCAAGGAGAAGGACAUGGAGCUCUACAUUAAACUGCAGGAGCAGAACAUCAAGCCUCAGUACUUCACCUUCCGCUGGCUGACCCUGCUGCUGUCUCAGGAGUUCCUCCUGCCCGACGUCAUCCGCAUCUGGGACACGCUCUUUUCCGACCAGGACCGCUUCAACUUCCUCAUCCUGGUCUGCUGCGCCAUGCUCGUACUGAUUCGAGAUCAGUUGCUGGCGGGAGACUUCACGAUCAACAUGAGACUGCUGCAGGACUACCCCAUCUCAGAUGUUCACACCAUCCUGGCCAAGGCCAAGGAGCUUCAGGACGGGUCAUAGCCACCCCUACCUCCCUUCUCCCUCCCUUGGUUGGGGAGGGGAGGAUGCACCAUUAAACUGAUAACCCUGGGCACAACAAAGGAGGGAGAGGAAGACACCUGGCGCCGGGUUGGUGCAAGGUUGGUAGGAGAAACCAAACUCAGUACUUAGGCUUGUCGUUUCACUCUCACAGCCUGACAGUUUUUCCACUGGGAGUGUGUGUGGCCUCAAGCUAUUUAUUUUUGCACUGAACACUUGAAAAAAAGUGUACAAAUCUACAUAUAUGAAGCAGAGAAAUACAGUAACGAUUACAACAGAAGCAUCAUUAUAAAGUCUGCCAGGGCUAAUAUAACACUCCUUGGGGUUUUUUCAGGGUGUUUCUUUUUAGUGGGUUGGGAAUAACUUUUUUUUUUACUGUCUUAAGUGAAGUUUUUUUUUUUAUCAUUAAGAUGAAAUAUAAUACUACCUUGUAAAGACUAACCACAACAACAACAAAAAAUGUUGCCACAGGGUUUGCUUUAAAGUAUAGAUUGUUAUGACAUUGGGCCUCAACGCAAGCAUCCUCUCUCCGUUUUCAUGACCGUGCUCAGAUAUUUACUCUACACACAUGAGCUACACGUCUGGACAGUUUAUAGCUGGUUGUAACCUGAUUUUGUGUCUAUGGAAUCGCUAAUAUUAAUGUAUGUUUGCUGUCAAACCAAUGGGAUGUGAAACUUGUUUUAUAAUUUUUUGGGUGUGUCAUGAAGCAGAAGCUCUUAUCCAGAGCGACUUACAGGUGCAAUUAGGGUUAAGUGCCUUGCUCAAGGGCACAUCGGCAGAGUUAUCACAUUCUGAAUUCGAACCAGCGACCUUUUGGUUACUGUCCUAACGCUCUUAACCACUAGGCUACUUGCCGUCCAACCCACUAACCUAACUGAAAUUGAUACAUUGAUGACGAUGAUAAGGUUGCUUUUGACGUGAGGGCAUCACUAAGCAAACAAAUCAAUUCAAUUGGGCAUUCAUUUUUUAAUAAUAUAUUUUGACCUAUCUCUGUUCGCAUUGAGUGGCCAGAAUAAACCAGGAUACAUUAAACAUGAAUGACAUCUGGUAAAUGAAGCAUAACACAUUUUGCUCUGCAUAUUGUAAGAUUAUUACAGAGAACAAAUGAUUGACAAUAGUAGCUGAGUAUUUAUCAUGGAUAAAUGACUGACAUUGAAAGGCUAUGAUGAUAACAUUUAUGUAUUCACAUAAUGGAGUUGACAGAUAAGAUUUUUUUUAUUUUUUUUAACGCUAACACUUACCACAAAGCUAAGACACCCUUGAAAUGUAUUUACCUUUUCAAACAGUAGGACCUGCAUAAUAAUGUGAUACUUUAAAGUACACAGAUAAUGACUUGCUUUGUUUUCAUCAAUAUUGUGAGAAUGAUACAACAGUUACCUUUUUACUGUUUGCGUUUCAGUUUUAUUAGCAUUCCCUAGAAAUUCCAAGUAUCACCAUCCCUUUCAGUGGCAAGAUGGUAUCAGUCUACAUUCUAACACUAUUUCAGUGCCAAGAUGGUAUCAGUCUAUAUUCUUUUCUUCUUUUUUUUUUUUACAUAUUUUUCUCCACAAUUUCAUGGUCUCCAAUUGUCUCAUAGCUGCAACUCCCGUACAGUCUCGGGAGAGGCGAAGGUCGAGAGCCGUGCGUCCCCCGAAACACAACCCAACCAACUGCUUCUUGACACAAUGCUCACUUAACCCAGAAGCCAUCAGCACCAAUGUGUCGGAGAAAAUACUGUACACCUGGCGACCGUGCACUGCGCCCGGCCCGCCAAAGGAGUCGCUAGUGCGCGAUGGGACAAGGACAUCCCUGCAGGCCAAACCCUCCCCUAACCCGGACGACGCUGGGCCAAUUGUGAGCCACCCCAUGGGUCUCCCAGGACGCUGCCGGCUGCGACAGAGCCUGGACUCAAACCCAGAAUCUCUAGUGGCAAAGCUACUGUUGCACUGCGAUGCAGUGUCUUAGACCACUGCUCCACUCGCGAGGCUUCAGUCUACAUUCUAACACUAUUUCAGUAGCAAGAUUGUAUUAGUCUACAUUCUAACACUAUUUCAGUAGCAAGAUGGUAUUAGUCUACAUUCUAACACUAUUUCAGUAACAAGAUGGUAUUAGUCUACAUUCUAACACUAUUUCAGUAACAAGAUGGUAUUAGUCUACAUUCUAACACUAUUUCAGUAACAAGAUGGUAUUAGUCUACAUUCUAACACUAUUUCAGUAGCAAGAUGGUAUAAGUCUACAUUCUAACACUAUUUCAGUAACAAGAUGGUAUUAGUCUACAUUCUAACACUAUUUCAGUAACAAGAUGGUAUUAGUCUACAUUCUAACACUAUUUCAGUAGCAAGAUGGUAUAAGUCUACAUUCUAACACUAUUUCAGUAACAAGAUGGUAUUAGUCUACAUUCUAACACUAUUUCAGUAACAAGAUGGUAUUAGUCUACAUUCUAACACUAUUUCAGUAACAAGAUGGUAUUAGUCUACAUUCUAACACUAUUUCAGUAACAAGAUGGUAUCUUCCUACUGAAAAAUUGCUUAGACAGGAAUUGGUACAAAUUGACAGUCUGUGACUAGCAAUGGUUCAAUGUGGCUUUAUUGUACUAAAGUGAGGUAGUAAGAGAUACUGUGCUGAGUAUUUUGACACACUCUGAAUGAAACGGGAACACUCCUACUUCAAACGACUUGGCUUGGUCGAUCAGUGUGUCUAUAAUCAUGUCUUGAUUUUAAAGGCCCAGUGCAGUCAAAAACUUGAUAUGCCUGUGUUUUAUAUAUAUUUCCACACCGAGGUUGGAUUCAUACUGACAUUGUGAAAAUUAUGAUAAUGCCCUUUUAGUGUAAGCUGUUUGAAAAUACUUCCUGAAAUUUCAGCUUGUUUAGGUGGGAGGGAGUUUUGGCCUUCCAUGGUGACAUCACCAUGUGGUGAAUUGAUUAAUAGACCAAUAAGAAAGAUUUCCAAACCUCUCUGCCAAUAACAACUCGUUUUCAGUUCCCCCUCCCUAUUCAGAACACUCCCUGACAGUCUUAGCCAAAUUCUUGCUUGAGAAAUUGCCCUUUGCUAAGAAGCAAUUUUUUUCUUUUUGACCAUUUUAAUUGAAAACAAUCACAGUAAGGUACUUAAUUGUUACCUAGAAAUUAUUUGAUAGUGAUGUGGGGGGGGAAACAAAAAAAACAGCUGCAUUGAACCUUUAAUAAAUGUAUAUAAACAGUGAAAAUCCCCCCUUGAAGGUUCAGUAAUGACAAAGAAGGAAAAUCUUGUCUUCCUGUGAUACACAAACGUUUGUUGUCAAUGAUGAAUGGUUUAUGGUUCUCUAACAUUUUCUCAUUCUUGUCUUGCUCUAUCACAAUUUUUUUCCUUUCCUUUUUUUCAUUUUCCAUUUUUACGUGGCUCUUGCCUUUCUCCCACCUCUUCCUCCCCUCCUUGCCCUGUGAUUUUGAGGGCUUGUCCAGGAUAGGGCUAGCAGCAAGACAGUAGGCCCCGUGCCACAGUCAGCCUGCCAACCGCCAUACACUGCCAUUCUCCCUCUUAUCAUAUCGCUCUGUUUCUCAUCCAGCAGACAUUCAAUUUUUGGACCACAAACUAUCUGUUUUACAGCUAUAUUGAGACUGUUUUAGAAAGCAGCUCACUGCCUCUGGUCUCUCAUCUCUGCCAACCAUUUGACGGUAGACAGCAAAUCCUAUGUGGCAAAAAGCUACUAUAAUUGUGGACUUGAGAAUAACAGGGCUAGAUAGGGAGAAUGCAUAGUCAUCAUGAAAUAUAAGAAUAUAUUUUGUAAUCCUGCAUGUCGAUGGCUUUUUCUGUAACAUUUUUCCUCCGUUGAAUUUAACAUGGCUGAACAGUCUUUUGUUGUCUGUUUGUUACUCGCACCACAUUGUCCUUGGUGUCAGAUGAAUCUUUGUCAUGCCACUUCUACACAGGGCAACAAUGUAAAUUGUCCAGCGUGUUGUGCUCUGAUUUGACAUAUCCUUCAUUGUCUUAAAAUGUGGAAGGACAACAAUGCAUUGUUGCCAGUGGCGAUUAUAUAAAUCUGUAAAGUGAUUACAUCAGGAAUUUGACAAUGCUACGUGUAGCCAUAUUCUCUAAGGGUUCUUCUUUGUGUAUUUUCAGGCCCUUUUAUAAUAAAUGCCAAGUGCGCAACAAGUACAGUUUUUACUUUACACCCUUUCCCCGUGUUGCUUUCCCUCAUUUCUCCCAUUCUUCUCUCUUCCUCUUUCUGUCCAUCUCUCUCCCUUCCUCCCUUCUGUCCAACUCUCUCUUUCCACUCUCACGUUCUCCACCCCCUCAGUGCUGUGGUUUAAUGUAGCCCCAGCAGUGUGGGGUUAUUAGUAACACAUGGGGGUGUUUCCUCCAUCCAUAUUGGUUUUGUAAGGUGAGGUCACCAAUGGCUCUGCAUCUGAUGAAAAGGGAGCGGAGCACGCUGGCAGAAGAAACAUGUGGGGGCGUGAAGCAGUGUAAGAGGGGAGAGAAUGGGACGCAGGCUCUUCGCUGCAGAGCUCUGAAGUCUGUAGGCUAGGCCAGGAAGAAAAACAAUAUUUUGAAAAGUAUUAAAAGAUUUAUGAGGUUUAUAUUGGCUACACCCACCACAAAGAUGGUGUCAUUGUUUAGCAGACAAGUGGGUUAAGUAAAGCAGAACAAUAGUAGUCCCACCAUUUUCAAAGUUGAUUUUGAUUUGCUUUCGCAAAAUAAAAUAAAGGCAUGUGAACUUGGUUCAUCUGGUUCUUGGUAAUGGGCAUCAUAGUGAAUUUGUAGACAACUGACAGGUCAGAAAGUUCAGCUUCUCUCGUGGUAACUCUCUAAAAUCCUUUACAUGAGAGACGUGCUACCAGUCAAACGGUUUCCGGUGGAAAACUGUAGAAACAGUAUUUUUGUUUACAGUCAUGAUGAUUCUGAUUGGUUGACUGACUGGGAACAAAAUGGUCGCUCCUCUCAUCCAACAACCAUAUUUAUCAGAGUGCAUUGUGGGUAGUUGGUGACCGUGGUGAGUAGCAGCAUGGGGUUGUAGCAUGUGUCCACUUGCCUGGCACAGCAAGGUUUCUGAUACAAACUGCUUCCUCUCACCCCUUCUGUUUAAUAUCUUGUGAAAUAGGAGGGAAAAGAGAGGUGUCAUGUUUAGAUCGAUUGUCUGUGCUUUAAGGGCUCUUAGCCAAGGGAGACUUAAUCCCAACUGCAUCUUCCCUGGUGAAUUUGAGGGACUGGCUGAGUUCCAAAGCUUCUAAAUCACUUCCUUUCCAUGUGAUGUCUCCUCCCUCUCCUUAAAGGAAAAUUCCACCACGAAACUAUAUUUUGGUAUUUGUUUCAUUAGUCCAUUUUUGAUAUAGUCCUAAAAAUGUUUUGCAUGUCAGCAAUCAAGUUUUCAAGAUGUAUAACUUUCAAUAUACAGAAAUACAGCUGGUAUGAUAAAAAAAAGGCAUCACACCGGCUGUAUUUUAAAAGUUAUAUAUAUUGACAACUUGAUUGCUGACAUGCAAAACAUGCUAGCGCCUUGCCCUAGCUCCGACCUCGUGUUCACAGAGCUGAAAGGACAAAACCAUGAAUUCCAAUUUAAUUCACUCAAUUCAGGUCAUAAAUUGACCUCAAACCCCUAGUAAGGAGUGCUCUACAAAUCUGUAAAGGUGUAGCAGUACUUUUUGUUGUUGCUUUUUUCACUCAUCUCAUGUGCCUGAACAACAAAUGCAAGAAAGCAUGAUUUGUCUUUUUUGUUUACAUUUUGCUGUAUUUUUUUUGGGGGGGGGGGAUUUUGGAUCCCCAUUAGCUUUUGCAGAGGCAGCAGCUAUUCAUCCUGGGUCCACAAAAAACAUGACAAGUAACAAAACACUGAUAGACAAGGACAGUCACACAAGGGUGGGAUGGUGAGAAAGCGAGUCAGAAUUAAUGUGUAGCAGAUAAAUAACUUUUCUCCUAACUUAUUAUAUAUUUGUGUGGCGGGAAACACCAGUCUCUGGUUAUUUACAUCAAUCUUUACUCUGUCUCUUUCUAAUGAUUAUCUUAUUGCUACAAUGUAACAUUUGUAUUGCUACCAUGUUAAAAAAUAUUAACCAUGGCCAGCAUUGGUCUAAGGGAUGUUGUAAACUGAAGUAGCUUUUUCGAGCUGGGAUAGGAAGCGUCCACAUCUGAUAAGUUAUUUUUCAUGUGUACUCUGCUCUAUGUAUUUCAUGUGUACUCUGCUCUAUGUUUUUCAUGUGUACUCUGCUCUAUGUUUUUUCAUCUGAAACAGUUGAACUCUUUAUGAACCGUGUGUGUUUGUUCGUAUGCAUAAGUGUAUGCUGUGUGUGUAUGCGUGUCUGUCUGUAUGACACUCUUCUCUUGUUUUUUUGCAUGACUACGUUUUUGUAUUGGUAUAUACAGUAUCUUAGUAUUGGAGUUCUAUACUGUUUUUUACAGUGUUUGCAACUGCACAAUAAAUAUUUCAAUGGUGGUUUAAAUCAAAUAA